CAGGAAGAACAGGACUACUUGCAAAUAUGGUCGAGUAUAAACAGACAUCCUCAAAGAUCCCCAUAUGGCUGGACUGUGACCCAGGUCAUGAUGAUGCUUGUGCCAUCCUCAUUGCUGCCUAUCACCCGGCUCUUGAGCUUCUAGGAAUAUCUACUGUACACGGCAAUGCCUCAUUACAAAAGUGCACCAACAACGCCUUGAGUGUGCUGGAAGCAAUCGGGAAACCUCAAAUUGCAGUCGUUCCCGGCUCGUCUCGGCCAUUCUGCCGCAUAGUGCAUACUGCUUCCGAUAUACACGGCGAGAGUGGUCUAGCGGGGACAUCUCUUCUCCCUCACCCAUCACGCCGGCCAUUAACGCAUUGCAGUGCCGUCCUGGAGAUGAGAGAUGCGCUUCUUGCCCAACCCAAGGGGACAGCGUAUCUGGUGACUUGCGGUCCGCUGACCAAUGCAGCCCUGCUCUUCUCUCUUUUUCCUGAUGUCGCCACCCACAUCGCUGGCUUCUCAGCAAUGGGCGGCGCCAUCGGAUCCGACUUCACGCACGUCUCAAUGGGUCAACCAUAUCUAGACUCGUCAGGCGUCUCGCACCAGCGCAGCGGCAACAAGACGCCCUUUGCCGAGUUCAACAUCUGGGCCGAUCCGGAAUCGGCUCGUGCUGUUCUCCAGAACCCAGUCCUACAACCCAAGACGACGCUCAUACCAUUAGACCUUACGCAUCAAGCCUACGCGACUCCGAAGAUUCAAGACAUGCUACUCAACCAUGGGAAUCCCACUCGAUUACGUACCAUGUUCAAUGAACUGCUCAUGUUCUUCGCACAUACGUACGAUCAAGUCUUCGGCCUGAACGAGGGUCCUCCUCUACACGACCCACUGGCCAUUGCCAUACUCCUAGAUCAUCACCCUGACCCAGAACAUAGAAUAGCAUUCGACGACAAAGGUGGUGAGAGAUGGGACGUAGACGUCAUCCUUGAAGGUCAGCAGAUAGGUCGCACUGUUAUCAGUCCCGCUCCAACAGGCAAGGGCAUACGGAUACCCAGAGCUCUGGAGUCUGAGAAGUUUUGGCACACGCUUGAACUCUGCAUGAACAUGGCCGACCAAGCUACAGGCUUUGCAAUGUAG